GGACCGCGAAGAAGGACUGCAGAGAGCACUGUCCAACCGUGGAAAUGGCGCUCAGUGUUUCAGGAGGCUGAAGUCAGGGGAAAUAUAUCACGCUGCUCAGUCAGUUUCAACGCCCCGAGAACGACUCUACAUACAGAGGGCUGCACAGUGAAAACUAGCGGAUUAUGACAGAAAAGAGGAGAAAUCGAGAGAUUCGUCAAGAAAAGGAAGCAAUUCGUGGCUCCAGUAAAGCCGUGAACAUCGGGCAGUGAACAAUGCACAACCUGGCGGCCCAAGUCACCAGCAGUCUGCUGCCUUUCCCAGCAGUUACUGUAGAUGCUCUGGGGGAGGAUGAGAUCACCCUGGACUCUGUGUUACAUGGGAAAUUCACUGUUGGCCGAAGCGGGCUGGCCUGGCUGGCCUGUGGCCCCCAUCUGGAGGUUGUCCAUGCAGUGACAGGUGAACGGCUGUCUGCGUACCGCUUCAGUGGUGGAGCAGAACACCCACCCAGUGUCCUGGCUGCCAGGGAUUUCAGCUGGCUCAAACGGUCUGGAUUGCUGGUUGGUUUGGAGGAAGCAGAGGGCAGCGUGCUGUGUCUUUAUGACUUGGGACUGUCAAGGGUGGUCAAAGCUGUGGUUAUACCAGGCAGGAUUACGGCAAUCGAGCCGCUUGUGAGUUAUGGCGGAGCAAGCACGUCCACCCAGCAUCUGCACCAGAGCCUGCGCUGGUUCUUUGGCAUUGCUGCUGUAGUGACAGACCUCGGCCAUGUUCUACUUGUAGACCUCUGUCUGGACGAUCUGUCCUGCAGCCAGAGUGAACUGGAGGCCUCAGACCUGCAGGUUGUGACCAAAUCUCCCUCAGAGAUCCCCAGGCUUAGAGAAGUCAGCACCAGACAGGGCAGACAUCUCUGUCUCCAACUGAAUGCUCCCAGUGGGGUUGGAGCAACAGCUCUGCAGUACAUCUCUAGAACCAACCAGCUGGCGGUGGGCUAUUCUGAUGGAUACCUCCAGCUGUGGAACAUGAAAGCUCUGAAGAAGGAAUACCACUCCCAGUUGGACAGUGGCAGGGUGCCUGUGCACGCCUUCACCUUCCAGGAGCCUGAAAACGACCCCAGGAACUGUUGCUACCUCUGGGCUGUUCAGUCUUCUCAGGACCUUGAGGGAGAUAUGGUCAGCCUCCGCCUGCUUCAGCUGGCUUUCAGUGAAAGGAAGUGUCUCGCUUCUGGGAAAAUCCUCUACGAGGGUCUGGAGUAUUGUGAGGAGCGUUACAGUCAGGAGUUAAGUGGCCCAGCGUUCCCUCUCAGGGCCCAGGCCACCAACACGCGUCUGCUGAGUUGCCAGACCAUUGAGAAGUUCAGACCCCACCCUGACAGAGAUGACAGCAUGAAUGAAGUCGCCUCUCCAGACACCAGUGUGUCCAUCUUCAGCUGGCAAGUGAGGGCCUAUGGUCAGGGGACUCCGUCUACUUUCAUCGGGGUUUUCGACAUCAACCGUUGGUACCACGCACAAAUGCCAGACUCUUUGAGAACGGGAGAGUCUCUGCAGAAUUGUCCCUACUUGGCAGUUUGGUCUCUGGACCCUGUGGUUCAGAUGGUGUCUCAGCACCUCCUUCUGGAUGUGGUGGUGCAUGAGCGCAGCCUGAGUAGAGGUCUGCCCUAUACCUGCCCCCCACCAGAACAGUACUUUAACCCCACCACAUAUAACUUUGAUUCUACCUGUUUGCUGAACUCUGGAAUUGUGCACUUAACCUGCUCUGGGUAUCAGAAAGAGACCCUGAGCUUUUUGAAGAAAGCUGCUCCUUGUUCCAGUGACAUCAUCUCCACCAGCUACUCUCGCUGCCUCAUGUCUGGCCUACUCUCAUCUCGCCUGGCUGACACCCAGGCCUCCAGCCUCUCUCAGGAGGAGCAGCUGGAUGCAAUAUUGUCCACAGCAGUGGAGACCAGCUCUUUGGGACUGAUCACUGGAUGUAUCAAGCAGUGGACAGCAGAAGAACAACCAGGCUCUGCACUGAACCUGCGCUACAUCCUGGAUUGGGCCUGGAACAAAGUAGUCCAUACCAAGGAGGAGCUAGAUGGCAUCUGUGCACCGCUGUUUGACAGCUCAUCCAACUUCACAGACCCUCAGACUAUGCAGCUGCUCCAACACAGCCAGAGGCUGCUCAGUAACCUCAGUACCAUCUUCCACUGUUUGCUCAGUGAAGCUCAGGAGCUCACACAAAAAGGCCUGGUCGGCCUGAUAAACAAGAACAUGGUGUCCAGUCUGAUUUCCAAGUACGCUCAGGUGGUGCUGUGGUUCUGUCGUACCGGUCUACUGCCAGAAGGAUCAGACGAUGACGCUCUCCAGAUCUCCAGACCUUUCUACACUCCCUCAGUCAUCAGCAACUAUUACACGAUACGCAGAGAGGAGCUCACCAGGCUGGCUAAGGGCAAGUGGUGUGCAGACUGUCUGAUGAUCGACGGUUUGGUUGGCCAGUGUGGGGAACGCUUGACCAGCCUGUGGAAAAGGGAUGAGGGCGGAACAGGGCUGUACCCCCCACCUUCAUUGCAUGCCUUGUUGGACAUUUAUCUACUGGACAACAUCGAUGAAGCUGCCAAACAUGCUAUUGUGAUCUAUCUGCUGCUGGAUAUCAUGCAUUCCUUCCCCAGUAAGGAGGGAGCAUCAGUGGAGUUUUUCCCAACAGCUUUCGCCAUCCCCAUUGGACUGGUGAAACUAGUACAGGGUCUCUGGCUGCUUGACCAUCACGACCACCAGAGUUCAUUUGAACUGCUCCUGCAUCCUGCAGCCUCUCAGUGUCAGUUUGAGUGGCAGCAUCAGCGGGUCCUGCAAGCACUGAUGUGCCAGGGCCAACACUCAGUGGCGCUGCGAUACUUCCACGUCACAAAGCCUCCGAUUUCCUCCACAGCCCAGGCCAAACUCUGCCUAUCUGUAUUACUACACAACAGGUGCCUCAUAGAGGCGUGGUCCUUACUUCGGCAGCACUCCAGUCGUCUCAACAUGGCUGAGCUGAUGGGCUUCCUGUAUGAGAGCUGUCAGGAGCUGGGCCUCAUCAAGGAGAUGCUCAAACUCCCCCUGGGCCUUGCUGAGCAGGAAUGUUUGGAGAAGUUUCUGCAGGGUACAGGAGGUCUCCAGAACAGAGAGCUGCUGAUGGUUCAUUACCUCCAGCAAGCCAACUACAUUCCUGCCCUACAGCUCAACCACAGCCUUAAACUGAACCUGGUGAACGAGCGAGACCCAAAGCUAAAAGAACGAUCAAACACAAGGAACUCGAUAUUGGAGCAGUACGGUAAAGUCUUGCCAAGAGUUCAGAGGAAACUGGCAAUGGAGAGAACCAAGCCCUAUCAGCAUUCCUCUGCCAUCCACAGAGAAGUCUCUCGGCCUCAGCCGCUGUCAACCAUCACUAAGCGCUCUGCCAGUGAGAAGGUGAUGUCGAGGGCCGGCUUCAUUAACGACGUCCUGACAAAGAUCGAGGAGGUGUGGUCAGGCAAAGGAGCUACACCACAGUCCUCCCCAUCAAGGAGUCCCAGGGCUGUAAAUGUUCAGAGCCCUAAGCCUUCCUCCUCGGCCCUUCCUGACCCUUUCCUGGGAACUCCCAUCACCAUGACCUCCAAACGAAAAUCAAGGCUGAUGGAUCUGGUGGUUCACCCCUCCUGUCAGACCCCUCGCCCUCUCCUCAGCCCACCCAGACCUCCCAGCUCCUGGAUUUCUCCCAAGAGCACUAGCAAGGCUCCUGAGCUCAGUCUGCUGCAAACACCACAGGUCGUUAAGCGAGCUCGGGCCUUGGCUGCCUCUGGUCCUGUGUUCUCAGCCUUCACUCCACAAUCCAUUCUGCGCAGCAGCCUGAGGCCUACACCCGUCGCCACCCCCUCUGCGUCUCCAGGACGAUCUGUCACCCCUCCACUUCGCAGCAAAGAGAGCCGGAUCACCUUCAUCGAAGAGCCUGAAUCUCCUGAACCAGAGAAAGGCAUCAGAUGGACUAACGGGAUGGCAGCAGACAGUGAGAUCAGCUUGUUGACCAGAGGUGCUUUACUAUCCAAGGCCACUCGUAAGACUUGGUCUUCACAGCCUGCUGAGGAGGAAGAAGAGGAAGACGAGGAAGAAGAACAGCCUCAUAUAAUGUUCCCGCCUCCAGAAGGUGGUAUUCCCUCACCUGAGCUGAAAUGCUGUGAGAGCGAGCCUUCCUCGCUCAGCGAAGUCGCUGCAGAAACAAAACCAUCAGAAGCAACACAGGCACGACUUAGCCUGAGCUUUGACACCAGCCAGGCAUCACUCCGAUCAACCGACACCACACUGGAGUACUUUGAUGCUCCGCUUGAUACUGUCCAGGGAGGAGAGCAAGGGCAUACAGUCAGAGAGGAAUAUGAAGAGGUUGUGACGAUGAACAUUAAAGGACUCAGGGAAGAGGAAGAACUAGAGGAGAAGCCCUCAGUGAUCACUGAGCAAAUCCCUCUACAGCCAUCAGAGGAUCUAGAGAGGGAGGAGGAAGAGGAGGUAGUGAGAGAGAUAAGAGAAGAUGACGUACUUGAGGAGGUAAUGAAAAUUGGUCAUGAUCAGCAGACUGAAACUAUGGAAGUUCAGCCUGAAAAUGAGGAUGAACAGGGUGUUGAGUCAAGCAGCAAACGAGAUGCAGCAGAUCUUGACCAUGAGGACUCCUCAAGUCUCAAUGAAGUUUGUGACCAGGUAACGGAAAGCAUCAGCUCCAUUCCUGAAGUCAAAUCUCAGGAUCAACUAGACAUCACCACUGAGCUAGAUGUCCAAUCAGACAUCACAGAACCCACAGAGAUCAUGGAGCAGGAAGCUCCAUCUGCAGCCGCUGAACCUUCAUAUGAGCUUGAAGAGGAUCCAGAGCCGUCAACAGAUCUGACAGAGUUUGUGCAAAGACAUCUGUUUGGCAGUGAUAUGACCGCUUCGCUCACUCGCUCAGGAAUCCACGAUGCAUCACAGAUUGAGACAACUUUCAAGAAUGAGUCAUUAGGUGUAGACGAAGAGGACGAGCCGGCAGCUGUUGAAGCUCCCCCGAUGUUCGGCAGCCAAAAAUCAACGGUCUCUGUGACAUCCUCAGAGCCAACAGGCACAGACUCCCACUCUGUUGUGAGUGUGAAUGACAGUGAAGAGCUCUCCAGCCCUGCUUCUGAGGACGAAGAGGACGAUGAGGAUUCAGAUCAAGUUGAGGAGGAGGAGGAGGGGGAAGAAGAUGAAGAUGAGGAGGAGGAAGAGGAGGAGGAGGAUUCUGGCAGUGAGGUGGAGAUCAUUGAGGAGGUCCAGGGUAACGGGAGGCUGCCACCCCUCCAACCAAGUACCGUCUUCAUUCAACAGGAACACACACACUUCCUGCCGAGUCUGUCAGAGCAGGAGGCUGCUACAUUCUCUCUGAUCACACCUGCUGCAGAGAUAAAGAUGGUGGAGGAGGACUUGGAGGGGGAGGUGGUGAUGGUGAGACUUGGGGCAGAUGAAGACGGUCUGGUAGCAGAUGUGGAGGAUGACCAAGGAUCAUCAUACAUGGAGCUUAAGCCCUCAACCACUCUCCUUGUCCCCAUGGAGCUGAUGGAGGGGCAGGAUGGCCUGGUGGAUGGUUCUCAGCUGGGCCUUCCUGAGCUUCAGCACACUGUGCAGGCUGAGCUGAGGGGUGAAUCUCACAGCAGCUUCUCUCUGAUGCUGGAGGAGGAUGUGGAAAAAGACGAAGACAUCAUGUCGCUGGAGGACAGGGACAAAGAUGCAGACACUCUACCGAUGGAGGAUGCGAACAAAGAUGCAGAAACUCUACCGAUGGAGGACGCGGACAACGACAUCAUGUCCCUGGAGAACUUGGAUAAAGAUGCAGAGACCCCACCAAUUAAUUAUGUUGACAAAGAUGCAGACACUCUACAGAUGGAGGAUGUGGGCCGUGAUGCAGGCGCUCUACAAGUAGAGGGCAUGGACAAGGAUGCAGGCCCUCUACAGUUUGAGGACGUGGACAAGGAUGCAGGCACUCUACAGAUGGAGGACACUGACAAAGAUGCAGGCACUCUACAGAUGGAGGACGUGGACAAGGAUGCAGGCACUCCACAGAUGGAGGACGCUGACAAGGAUGCGGACACCCUGUCGAUGGAGGACGCUGACAAGAAUGCAGGCACUCUACAGAUGGAGGACGCUGACAAAGAUGUGGACACCCUGUCAAUGGAGGACACGGAUAAAGAUGCAGAUACCCUACCAAUGGAGAACGAUCUGCAACCCUCCGAGCCUCUAGUCCUGUCUUCAGAAGUUGAUGCUGGGGAUGACCAUGAGGCCAACCCUGAGGUUAUUCUUUUGGGUACUGAUGAUCAGGAUCUUCCACCUCUGUCUGAUGAAUCCUGUACAGAAAAGCCGACGGAAGAGAUCGACUGCACGGAUGGAAUUGUAGGAGAAGAACAGACAGAACCAGAGCUGGAGAAACUUGACGACCAAGCUGAACUACAAACCGACAUAAUUAUGGAAAACCACGAUGCAGAAGAUGUUUCAGAACAGAAGGCUGAAGAGAUGGUUAUGUUGACUGAAGAUCAGGAGCCUGCAAGUCCCUCGGAGUCUUUGUCACCUGCAGAGGAAGAAUUCCCAGUAGUGAUGGAUGAAGAGGAUUCUGAUGCAAAGAAAUCCUCUGUUGUGGAGGAGAUGAGAGAGGAGGAGGAGGAGCAGGAUAAACCAACACCUGCUGAAGAUCAGAAGGAGCCUCAAGAAAACGGGCCUGUUACCAUAGACACAGAAGUUUCCCCCUGUGCAGAGAUGACAGUGGUGAAGGAGGAGCAGCAACAUGAAGCAGUAGAGCAUACCACUGAAGAAUCUGAGACCGGGAGAGAAGAGACAAAAAGAACCAGAGGAAGACAGAGAAAACACAAAGAUGAUGAAGAAGAAAAGCCGAUGAAGGUUGAGGUUUUGAGCUCCGCCAGCCAGCCAGAGGAGUCCUCUGUGCCAGAAAUCCCCACUUCACAGAGAAAAACGAAAGCGCUUAUGACCCCAACACGAAGAACCACUAGAAGCAGAACAGUAACCUUCAUCUCCCCCCUCACAAAGGAAACAGAGGAGCCGCAGGAGGACGGGAAAGUGGAGGACACAGAAACAAGCCAAGUGGUCCCUGCCUCUCCCAGUCGUACCCCGAGAAAGAGUAAACAAAAAGAUGCCACUGUACAACCCAGCACACCUCGAAGGAGUGCUCGCAAAGCUCAACAGGUGCCUUCUAAGGAGGAGGUGGAAGAGGUAGUUAACAGCACUUUCACUUCAUCAACGUCCACAGCUUCUUCUCCAAGCAGACGACGAGGUUCCCAGAGAGCUGCUUCUACAAGGAGCCAGAGCAGCGCUGAGGAGGCGUCUGCAGCCCCAGAAAAUGAGGUCAAAGUCCAGGAGGAACAGGAAGUCGAAGAUGCAGAAACAAAGGUUCCUCAAAGAGCAAGCUCAAAGACUUCCACACCAGCCAAACGCAGGAUGCCUGAAGCGAACUCACCAAGGAGAUCCAGCAGGAGGAUACUGAGCAGCAGUGAGGUGGGGCCAACACCUUUAGAGGUGUUAGAAGAAGAAGAGAAAGAACAGGAUGACGUCUUUGCAUCGCCUGUCAGACGCAACUCCAGGACUCGACAGUCCAGCCAGAUUUCUCUCAGUAUUUAUCCAAAAGUCAAACUGGUUCCUGUAUCACUUCCUCAGAGUGCUAAAAAGACGAGAGGAGAGACGACUGAACAUUCAAAAGACAGCAAACUUCUGCUCGAGCCUGAACUCAACAGCCGUGCUGCUCACACCAACUCCCACCGACCGACCAGAAGCAAACUCUGGGAUCACCCCGAGGAAGACCUUCCCUUACUGGACUCUCCGCUGGAGGUGGACUCUGAAACUCCUGUUGCAGAUGCCCUCAUCAAGAGACUUCAGGAUGAGGCGGAGAAACAAGAAGGUAUUUCUGCUACAACUACAGGAGGAGUAGUUGUCACAAAGAUAGUGAGAACCAGUAAGAGGAGCAGCAAGUCGUCAGUGGAGCAGAUUGAGUCUCUUCUUCCUGUAAAUGACGGGUUAGUCCCUGAACCUGCAGAGGACGAGUCCAGUCCAGGCGAGAAUUCCUUCAUCUAUUCCCCCUCAAGGAGAAGAACAAGAGCGAGCAGAGCAGAGUCUCCAGGUCCCAGUGAGGAGUCUGCAGCGCCUGUCACUCGCAGCAAGAGGAAAGUGGUCAAGGAGGCCUCUGAUGCUCCUCAUGACAAACUUGUUCCAGGGGAAACUGUUGAAGUGGAAAAAGACAACGAUGCUAAGACCAGAAAAACAGGCAAAAGAACAACAAAAUCCAAAGCAGUUCCUCAGCUGCCCCCCAUAGCACAGGUAGAUCUGAUCUCACCUCUGCCAAGCCCGGCUGAUCCACCCCAGCGUACUCAGAGGAGGGUGAAGGAGGCAGAGGGCCACACCUCCAGCAUGAACCUCAGACGCAAACGCAUAAUGGACACUGUUUUUACCAAACCAGUCACACGGAGGAAGAAACUCUGAGGAGGUCGAUGGGGAUUUAACGCUCAAAACUCAAGCAGCCAACAGAUUUUAAACUGUUUCAGACGCUGAUAAUUAAGGUGUAUACAUAAACUCAUAACGGUUCUUUUGCCCUCAAAUGCCUCGCAGUGCUGCAGUUUGCUUGGUUGUUGACUCCUCCUUAGGAGGAAGAAAUUAAGCAGUGUAGGCAUGAAAAUUUAUUUUUGGGACAGAACACACUGGUGGACAGCAGUGUGAGAGGACUAUAUUUUUGGAGUUUACACGUCCCACUCUUACAAACUCACUUGAUAAUGUAACUGUUACCAUUUUCCUUCGAACAUUUUGCAACCCUCCUGCUAAGAUUGAAUCUCUGGGUGCAGACUGACGUGAGGGAAACCAUCCACGUGGAAGCUCCCACUAACAAACCUGAGAGACUGAAGCGAACCCGCCUCAGCUGAAGAGGUUUUAUUUACAUUCUUAUUUUAAUUUUGUUGUUGUUGUUGCUGAUGUUUACUUUUAAGAUUUCAAGGCCUGCUGUUUUUCUAUUUAAGAAGAAAAGCAUCCAACCCAGUGGAGACGAGAGAUUUCUACUGAUAGAUUUGUAAAUAGUUUUUUUUGCUAUGUUCCAAAUAAAGUUAAUAAAUAAAUCAUAAAAGAAAGAAUAAUGUUCAUUUUGAAGUUUUAAGUGUCUGGAUUGCAUUUGAUCACCAUAUCAGACUGCCUAUGCCAUAGUCUUAAACUUUCUCCUGUGACUGACGCACAGACUUGAACACUUCUGCCCUCAGACUGAUUUUUGUACGUCAAGGGGAUGUUGUAUAGUGUGAAUGGAAAAAAGAAAGUACUUGCACAGUGGUUUGAGUCGGUCAAUUCUUUUGGGAUUUGUGAAUAGGCUUGUUUAAUUAAAUUUAUGUAUGGCGACUACCACCUGACAAAAAGGCUAUUUUCUGAUGAAUGUAUGUAGAAUGUCUUAUUUUUGAUGACUGAUCUUUGAUAAAUAUGGUAAAGCUCGAAUA